AUGGCUAUAAGCCAAGGAGCGGCGCUCCGAUGGCUGGGAGGAGCUCCGGUGGCUCUGGCGGGCGGAGGUGGCCAGGGACCGGCACUCCAGUGGCCGGGAGGAGAUCUAGUGGCUCGUGGUUUCCUUGCAGCCGGCGGGCCAGGCCAAGGUUUUCCGGCGGCAGUGGUAGUGGCACAGCUGGGCCGCAAGGAGGCCGGUGGCAGGUGCAAAGCCAGCGACGGGGGCCAAGGAGGAGGUCGCAGGGCGGCUGGGGCGGCGGAGGCAUCCGGCGGCGGCGAUGUAGAAGGUAGCGGGCCGGGGAGCAGCGGCGGCUGGGGAGGUGAGGCUGCCAGCAAGUGGCGACUAGAGAGCAGUAGCGUGGGGGUUCUGCAAGCUCCGGGGGCUAGGAAGAGGUGGCGGUACCAUAGGUGGGAAGCGGCCAGCGUUGGCGGGCUGAGCACGGGCCGGAGUUCUGGGGGUUCUGUAGGCGCCGAGUGCUGGGAAGAGAAGGUUGCCGACGAGAACGAAAGCCGGGGCCGGCAGGGGCUGGAGCCCGAGGUCGAAAGGGGCCGGACAACAAGGCUUGCAACAAGGCAGGGGCCCCACGUCAGGGGUGUUGCUGUGGGAGGGGUUUUCUUCAGGGCUAUAGGGGUGAAGGUAGAGCGGUGGCUGUGGGUGGGGGGGGGGUGCUGUGGGAGGCAGGGGCUCGGGGUUCUUGCGGAACUACAUCCUGUUUGUGGGGAAGGGCAGUGGGGGGUUCAUGAUACAUGGUGGGGAGAGGGUGUGUGGUUGCAAGGGAGUGUGGUGUCCAUGGCUAGUUUUUUCGGGAGGUGGGAUCUCUGA